AUGGUAUUGAGGCAUUGCAUAAAUCAAUUAACUAGACCAACCAAACUAUCGUUCAAGUAUUGUAUCUUAAAACCAAUAUUCUUAAUGCCACAACAACAAAGUUUAGCUCGAUUUUUCUCUGCAUCAGGAAACUUACCGAAGACCAAACCUAGCGUUGACAAGGCAGAUAUUUCUGAACUGGACAAGCCUUCAAUUUCAGAAAUAAAGCGAAAGGCUUCAUCUACUAUACCAGAAAAUGUCGAAAAGAAACUUAAAGUUGAAGCUACUGAGGCUGUAGACUCUGAUCCAAGUGAAGUAAGUGAAGAAGAUACGAAGGCACAAGAAUUAAGUGAUGCUUCCAAGUUAAUAAAAUUGUCAGAAAAAGAACAAGAAAAACACACAUGUACUGAAGCAUCGUCGAAGAUUCAUUAUUCCGAAUUAACUGAGUUGUUUGAAAAAAUUGAACAAGAAUCAUCAAGAUUAAAGAUAACUGCAUUUAUUUCACAAUUCUAUUACCAAAUAUUGGAGCAUGCAACUUCAGACAAGUUAGUCAAAAUCAUUUAUUUAUGUAUCAAUAGAUUAGGACCAGACUAUGAGCCAGAUCUUGAAUUAGGUUUAGGUGAGACUUUACUUAUAAAGGCAAUAAGUGAGUGUUACGGGAGGCCCCCAAGCAAGAUUAAGAAAGAUUAUCAAGAGGUGGGUGAUCUAGGAAUUGUUGCACAGAAAUCAAGAUCUGGACAACCUACUAUGUUCAAGCCUACGAGAUUAGAUAUAGUAACUGUUUUUGAAAACUUAACAAAGAUUGCAAAAUCUACUGGUAAAGACUCACAAUCCAAAAAAAUUUCAACCAUUAACAAGAUGUUAACUGCAUGCGAAAUGAAAAGCAACGAAGCCAAGUUCUUAAUUAGGUCAUUGGAAGGUAAAUUGAGAAUAGGAUUAGCCGAAAAAACAGUACUUAUUGGUUUAGCUCAAGCCUUUGUCAACUAUGAAAAUAAAAGUAAUAAGAAAAUCUCCCCCGAGAAAUUAGCCCAAGCUGAAGACAUAAUUCGUGAAGCGUUUUCACGGAUUCCUAAUUAUGAAAUUAUUAUUAGCAAUGCCUAUGAACAUGGUAUAUUCAACUUAUUGGAUUAUUGUAUAUUAACUCCUGGUAUUCCGUUGAAGCCGAUGUUAGCUAAGCCAACGAAAUCUGUCAGUGAAAUAUUAGAUAGGUUUCAAGGUGAAGAAUUUACUUGUGAAUAUAAAUAUGAUGGCGAGAGAGCCCAAGUUCAUUUAUUACCAACGGGCGAGGUUAGGAUUUAUUCUAGAAAUUCAGAAGAUAUGUCUCAAAGAUAUCCAGAUUUGAUUUCUAUUAUCAAAGAUUUUCUCAAAACACAAGAGAUCUCGGGUAAGCAUUCGAUGGUGUUAGAUUGUGAAGCCGUGGCAUGGGAUAGGGAAACCAAUAAAAUUUUACCGUUCCAAGUAUUAUCGACUAGAAAGCGUAAAGACGUGGAAGAAAAAGAUAUUAAAGUUCAUAUUUGUCUAUUCGCAUUUGAUCUUUUGUAUUAUAAUGAUAAACCUUUGAUUACAACAUCAUUAGCUGAAAGACGUAAGGUUAUGUUUGAAAAUUUACGACCAAUUGAAGGAAAGUUUCAAUUUGCAACAUUUAAAAAUACUACAAAUUUGGAUGAAUUACAGCACUUUUUGGAUCAAUCAGUAAAGGACUCGUGUGAAGGAUUGAUGGUUAAGAUGAUGAACGGCACUGAUUCAUACUAUGAACCAUCUAAGAGAUCGAGAAAUUGGUUAAAAUUGAAAAAAGAUUAUUUAGCGGGGGUUGGUGAUUCAUUAGAUUUAGUAGUUAUAGGUGCAUACAUUGGUAAAGGUAAAAGAACAGGCUCGUAUGGUGGAUUUUUAUUGGCUUCCUAUAAUCAAGAUAGUGGUGAGUAUGAGACAACUUGUAAAAUAGGUACAGGUUUUUCAGAUGAAGACUUGGUAUCCAUUCAUGCAAGAUUAAAGCCUACAGAAAUACAAAGACCUAAGCCAUACUAUGUGUAUGAUACGACAAAUUCAAACGCAGUACCAGAUGUUUGGUUCGAACCAACAACAAUAUUUGAAGUUUUGACAGCUGAUCUAUCCUUAAGUCCAAUAUACAAAGCUGCUCAUCAACAGUAUGGUAAAGGUAUAUCAUUGAGAUUUCCUAGGUUUUUACGAAUUAGAGACGACAAGGGGACAGAAGAUGCUACUAGUUCUACUGAAGUCUCCGAAUUCUACGAACGUCAAGCCAAUUUAAACUAA